AUGGAGCAACCGCCUCAGCAGCGCCCUGGCGCCCAGAUGGUCACCACCACCAGCAGCUCCUUCACCGCCAGCUUCUCCCCGGCCGGCGCCAGCACCCUCGCCUACGACAGGGAGUUCCUGCGAACCGCGCCCGGCGUCCUCAUGCUGGCCGAGAUCGUGCUAGGACUGCUGGUAUGGACACUGGUCGCUGGAACAGAGUAUUUCCUGUAUCCUGCCUUCGGCUGGGUGAUGUUUGUAGCCGUAUUUUACUGGGUUCUUACUGUCUUCUUUUUAAUCAUCUACAUGACAGUGACCUACACUAGGAUUCCCCAGGUGCCAUGGACCACGGUGGGUCUAUGCUUUAAUGGAAGUGCCUUUAUUUUGUACCUCAUUGCUGCCAUUGUAAAUGCAUCUUCAGUUACCAAUGAGCAGAACAGCCACAAUUACAACAGCUGGGCAGCUUCUUCGUUCUUCGCCUUUGUGGUUACCUUCUGCUAUGCAGGAAAUGCCUAUUUUAGUUUUAUAUCUUGGAGAUCACGGACCUCACAGUAA